UCCAGGGCGGUGCAAGCAGGAGGUGUGAUGCUGCCCAGGACGGCCUGGGAAAGUCCCAUCCAGCCUGGGGAUUAGCAGGACUAGAGCCUCCUCUUCCUCCUCUUUCCGGGCGUCCUGUCUGUACAAGGCAGCUGGGAGUGGAGCAAAGCUCAUGGGCGGAGUUAUGUUGACCGGAGGGAUCGUGGCCGUGGCAGGGCAGUUCAAGGGCUGGUAUUUCGCGGCGUACGCCAUCGCAGCAGGCGUCUUCGUCUGCCUACUCGAAUACCCCAGGAGCAAGCGGAAAAAGGGCUCCACCAUGGAGAGAUGUGGCCAGAAGUACAUGACGGCUGUGGUGAAGGUGUUCGGGCCCCUCACAAGGAAUUACUACAUCCGGGCCAUCCUACACGCCGCGUAA